AGUUUUUAAUUUUAAAAUGUCACAAAAACAACUCCCAGAAGAUGCAUUUUAUGAUAAUCUUACUUUAGGUCUUAUAAAAACUCUCUCUAACGUUCCUCGGAUUUGCAAUGUGUCAAUUGAGAAACGUCAACCAUGCGAAAAAGCUCAAGUUCUUAAUUGGGAACAGAGACAUUGUGUUUAUCUUCCUGAAGAUAUGAAAAAAUUCUAUUUAUCUACUGAUGGAUUUAUUUUUUACUGGAGCUAUCAAUACGCUCCUAAUGAUAUUCGACGUGUUGGAUGCAUCAACUUUCCACAUCUUUUACAAAUAACACUAUUGCGUGAGAAUAUAGAACCGUUAUAUACCAAUCAACAAGCUGAUGCUUUAUCGAAGGAUUCAACAAUGGCGCCCAAUACGGGACCCUUAUUAACACCAAAAAGUAAAAUAUUCGAACUAAAUAGCGUCAAUGAUAUUGCAAAAGUUUGUUUGGUAUAUGAAACAAGCGGAAUGAGCAAUCCUAAAAUCUAUUUACUUGAAUUGAACAAAUUAAAGUGGCAAUUUUUAUCCGAGACUUUUAGCGAAUAUCUGCGUAUGGCAGUUGCCCAUUUGGGACUUCCCUAUUGGGAGCUCUGUUUUUCAACUUGUGGUCUGCCUUCAUGGACUGAGCAAUUGUUUCUUCUUUUGGCACCACAUUUAUUGGAAGAUAACGAAGUACGACGGGGACGUUCUAUCCAACCUGCUGCUGAGCAUCCUUGUAAUAUCUUGGAUACAAAUAUAUUCCGAGCCAAACCAAAGGCUGCCAAACCACCACAGAAGACAAAACAUUAAAUAGAGUUCUGGAAAUUCAAUAAAAUUCAUAAACCUU